GAGAAUCGAUGAAUUCAAAUUUAGAUUGUAUGUUUACAGUUGGUUUCGACAUGUAAAUAGAGUAUGAAUGAAUAGUAAUAUCAGUUGUGAUUGAAAGUGGAAAGACAAGCAUGUGACAGUGUCGGAAACGCAACUUCUGUUACCAUCUUUUUCGCAGAACUGUUGAUCUCAGUUGCAUCCUGCGUUUGCCUCACUCCAACGCUUAAACAGCAUACCAAGAUGGAUGACCAAGCCUGUCCAAGAUGUAAAACAACAAAGUACCGUAAUCCUUCACUGAAACUGAUGGUUAAUGUAUGUGGGCAUGCAUUAUGUGAAAGUUGUGUGGAUCUUCUUUUCUUGAAAGGCUCAGGAUCUUGUCCAGAAUGUUUUGCACCACUUCGAAGAAGUAAUUUUCGUGUCCAGCUUUUUGAAGACCCUAUGGUGGAGAAGGAAGUGGACAUACGAAAGCGUGUGUUGAGGGAUUUUAAUAAAAAGGAAGAAGAUUUCAGUACAUUGAGGGAAUAUAAUGAUUACUUAGAAGAAGUUGAAACAAUAAUAUUCAACUUAACAAACAAUAUAGAUGUGGUAAACACAAAUAAGAGAAUUGAGCAGUACAAGAAAGAAAACCGAGAAACUAUAUUAAAGAACAAAGUAAAACUUGGAAAGGAGGAGAUGGAAUUGGAAGAACUUCUGGAAGAAGAAAAGUUACAGGAGGAGCUUAGGAAGAAAGAGUUGCAGAAGAUAGAGGAGGAAGAGAAGAGGAAAAAGAUUAGGGAAAAAGAGGCUCUGAUUGAUGAACUUAUGUUCUCAGAUGCAAAUGCAAAAAAUAUUGUGGAAACAUAUGCUCAGAAUAUUCAGCAAGUUAAAGAGGAAGCAAGGCAGGCACCCGCAACCCGUGUAACACAGUUUUCAACUGGCAUCAAGUUCGGCCGACAAUCUCAGCAGGGCUUCUUGCCCAUUCCAAAGCAAGAUGAAGGGACACCAUUCACAUACAUACUACCUAAAUUUGACUGUGGUGGUCCAGAACCACCAACCUGGGAAGAUAUGCAGAGGAGAGGUUGUUCGAAAUAUGUGCGCAGUGAAACACUUGCCGAGAGAGCCGGUGGAUACAAAGCAGAAAUUGCGUGUAUGCGUGCAUUGCAGGAAGGUCUUAUGGGCCUCUACUAUUCACAUUGAUACCUAUGCGUAAACCCAGUGUGUGUCAGCAACAUUCAUGUGGUUGGUAUGAGACGUACUUGCCUAUCACCACUAAUUGUUGUGGUGUACUUAUUACUUCUGAGGAGCUGAAACAUGACCACUACAGUUUUCAGAUCAUAGUGUCAGUCUCAGAAGUAGUAUGUGGUUCGGUAGACAGAGCUCUUCCUGUGGAUAUCACCGGGAUAGUUCCAUUAUUAAUAAGUGUUUUACUGCUGCUCAAUUAAUAUAUUUAUUUGUAAAUUUUUACCUCAUCAGUCAGUACUUUGUACAAUAUGCCCUUUAUCUUAAAUUUAUUAACUUGAAAUGGAUUUGUAAAGGCUGACAGUAAUUUUUAUUUAUUCCAUUUUAUUUUGUUCUUUGAGACAUAUUAGCACCACUUUAACCACACUAUUGCCAAUACAGAAUGAAACCAUAUGGCUAAAAGAAGAAUGCAAUAUUAUUUUCCUUUAUACUUCUGUUGAUGGUGUAAGAACAAUAUUUUAAGAAGUAGUGCUAAUUUUACCCAUUUGGGUGUAUGAGUUAUGAUUUUAUGUGCCUGUUCAUAGCAGAUGUUUACCAUAUUACAGCUUUUAUACUUCACAGAAAAUGAAUCAUAAUUGAAUGUU